UCAUGUAUUUUGGCCAUCACAUGGCGGCAAUUAAGUUCCGGAUGUGUCUCUAUCAGACUAAAUGAAAAAUUGAAAAUUUGUGUUUGCAUCUGGUCAAGUUUACAAUUUUCUUUUAAAAUAAUGAAUUUUCCGAUCGUUUUCUUGGCGACCUUGGUGGUAGUUUUGAAUCUGGCUGACGCAGCUCAACCUAUUGAACGUGCCAAUCGUGGUAUUGAAUGUGACGUUUAUAGUGCCAUUUGUCGAAUACACAAUGGCACUGUUAGUGGAAUAAUUCGCUUAAGACGCCAAAGAUCAAGUGUAACUGCACCUGUAACUGUGACUGGAGAAAUCAGUGGUUUAACUGCAGGACAGCACGGCUUUCAUGUUCAUGAAUACGGUGAUCUUUCUAAUGGUUGUAGAAGUGCUGGUGGCCACUACAAUCCUUACGGAAAAAAUCAUGGUGCACCAGCUGAUGAAGAAAGACACGUAGGUGAUUUAGGCAAUAUAGUAGCAGGAAGCGACGGUAAAGCUCAAGUCAACAUCGCUGAUUCCCAGCUGAAGCUUUGUGGUCCUCAUUCUAUCCUUGGACGAGCCAUCGUG